UUCAUAACCACACCGUGCAGUUACUUCCCGUACAUUAACAGAAAUGCAACAAACAUUCAAAUUGUGCAGGAAAUAGUUAAACGUUGCCAUAUGCAGCCAGCUGACUGACCACGUGACUUUGCGGAAGUGAGCGCGUCAACAACAUGAGCGAGGAAUGGCGCGUUAUUUAGCCUUAGUUUUCAUCUUUUUAUCUGCGAAUGGAGUGGUCUGUCUGCACGGUUCGUGCGGGGCCGAGCAUGGGCAGCUCACAGCCCCAGAGGGAGCAGCAAGCUGCGGCUGUGACAAGCUGAAGAGAGCCGGUGGCGGUGCUGGUGCGGAGGUCAAGACACUGACCGUAGAUCCAGCUGUGAAAUACUCCACAGAGGCCAAUGAGAGGACGUCUGAGGUCCAGGAACAUGAGAAGCAGAUACACAGUCAGAUGGUAUGGAUUUCUGGAGGAGAGUUUCUGAUGGGAACAGAUGACCCAGGCAUCCCUGCAGAUGGUGAGGGUCCCCAGAGAUGGGUGCAUGUGGACUCCUUCUACAUGGACGUCCAGGAAGUUACUAACCGACAUUUCCAGAGCUUCACCAGUUCCACAGGCUAUGUUACUGAGGCAGAGAAAUUUGGGGACUCAUUUGUAUUUGAGGGGAUUUUGAGUGAGCCAGUUAAAAGCCAGAUUACUCAAGCAGUAGCUGCUGCCCCCUGGUGGCUUCCAGUCAAAGGAGCCAGCUGGAGGCACCCUGAGGGUCCCGACUCCAACAUCACAGACAGGCUGGAUCAUCCUGUUCUACAUGUUUCCUGGGCUGAUGCUGUUGCCUAUUGCUCCUGGGCCAACAAGAGACUCCCUACAGAGGCAGAAUGGGAGUUUGCCUGCAGGGGUGGCCUGAAAGACAGACUUUACCCCUGGGGAAACAAGUUAAACCCAAAAGGACAGCACUAUGCCAACCUCUGGCAGGGGGAUUUUCCCACACACAACUCUGGAGAGGAUGGCUACGUCAAAACUUCACCGGUGAUGUCCUUCCCUGCUAAUGGUUUUGGUCUGUACGACAUGGUGGGAAAUGCAUGGGAAUGGACCUCAGACUGGUGGACUGUGCAUCACACCACAGACCAGCAAAACAAUCCAGUGGGUCCUCCUUCAGGCACGGACAAAGUAAAGAAGGGGGGCUCAUAUAUGUGCCAUAAGGUAAAAAAAAAGACACCUGCUUUAGAGGUAUUCUGUAGAUGAUUAAAACAUUACAUUUAAUGUCUAGUUUUUCAAAAUGAAAUUUGAAACACCAAUUUGA